GGCUGCUUGGCCGGAGCGUUGUUGGGGGAUUGCCUAGGAGCUGUUUUCGAAGGGAGAAGCGUCGUGAAGCUGCAGGAGUUGCUGAAAUUCGUGCGAGGGCUGGAGCCGGCGGAGGAGGAGGAGAGGGGGGAGGCGGCGGGGAGCGCACGUGGAGAGAUGCUGCAGUACACAGACGACACAGCCAUGAGCAGGUCGGUGGUGCAGUCACUGUUGGCCAAGAAGGAGUUUGACGAGGUUGACAUGGCCAAGAGGUUUGCUGAGGAGUACAAGAAGGAGCCCAACAGGGGUUAUGGGAUGGCUGUGGUCAACGUCUUCAAGAAGCUCCUGAGCCCCAAGUGCAAUGAUGUGUUUGAGCCUGCAAGGGCCCAGUUCAACGGGAAAGGCUCCUACGGCAACGGAGGGGCCAUGAGGGUGGCUGGAAUCUCCCUCGUCUACGCUGACGUCCAGGAUGUCAAGAAGUUUGCAAAGCUGAGUGCUGAGCUGACCCAUGCCAACUCCCUGGGCUACAACGGGGCCAUCCUGCAGGCCUUGGCCGUGCACCUGGCACUGCAGGGAGAGCUCAGCAGGGAAACCUUCCUGGAGCAGCUCAUCAGCCACAUGGAGCACGUGGAGGCAGAUGACAAGUCUCUCAGUGACGCCCGAGCGCUGGGAUUUGAGGAUUUGCCAUUUUCCAGGCGUCUGAAGAAAAUCAAGGAAUUCUUGGAGCUCAGCAGCGUUCCCAAGGCAGAUGUAUUGUUUGAGUUGGGCAAUGGCAUCGCCGCGCUGCGCUCUGUCCCCACGGCCAUUUACUCCUUCCUGCGCUGCAUGGACACCGAUCCUGACAUCCCUGAGCACUACAACGCCCUACAGAGAACCAUCAUCUACUGCCUGUCCCUGGGGGGGGACACGGACACCAUCGCCACCAUGGCCGGAGCCAUCGCGGGCGCCUACUACGGCGAGGAGCAGGUGCCCCCCAGCUGGGAGCAGAGCUGUGAGGCUUUCCAGGAGACACAGAGGAUGGCCAAGGGCUUGUAUGAACUCUACUGCCAGCGGCUCUGA